UCCUCCGACCUGCAAGAUCAUGGCAGAGUCAUUGCUUCUCCCUCUAUUGGGUGGCGUGGCCAGCAAGGCCACAUGUGCACUCGUCGAGACGGUGACUCACAUGUUUGGCCUCGAGAACGACCGUCAAACGCUCGAGCGCCAACUGCUAGCCAUCGAGUGCAAGUUGGCCAACGCCGAGGAGAGGAGUGAGACAAAUCGCUAUGUCAAGAGCUGGAUGAAGGAGCUCAAGUCUGUUGCCUACAAGGCCGACAAUGUGCUCGAUGACUUCCAGUAUGAGGCGCUGCGCCGCCAGUCUAAGAGCAAUGAGUCCACUUCCCGCAUGGUACUUGGCUACAUCACACGCCACAGCCCAUUGCUUUUCCGUUUUGAAAUGAGCAGGAAACUCAAGAACGUCCUCAAGAAGAUCAAUAAGUUGGUUGAGGAGAUGAACAGGUGUGACCUGGAGAAUUCUGUCAAUAGGGAGGAGCGGCAAAAUCCUUGGCGGCAGACGCACUCAAAACUAGACGAGACUACUAAGAUCUUUGGGAGAGAUGAUGAUAAGGAGGUGGUGGUGAAGUUGCUGUUGGAUCAGCAGGAUCAGCGGAGGGUGCAGGUGCUGCCCAUCAUUGGGAUGGGAGGUCUUGGGAAGACUACUCUUGCUAAGAUGGUCUAUAAUGACCAAGGGGUCCACCAACAUUUCAAGUUGAAGAUGUGGCACUGCGUGUCUGACAACUUUGAUGUCAUCGCUCUUUUGAAAUCCAUCAUUGAGUUGGCUGUAAAUGGAAGAUGUGACAUGCCUGACACGAUUGAGUUGUUGCGAAAGCAACUUGAGAAGGUCAUUGGCCAAAAUAGGUUUAUGCUCGUGCUUGAUGAUGUGUGGAAUGAAGAUGAGAGUAAGUGGGAGGAUGUCUUGAAGCCUCUUUUAUGUUCUAUUGGUGGAUCAGGAAGUACCCUUCGACCCCGUAAGAUAACAUGUUUGAAUGAACAAGAUUCAUGGGAAGUGUUUGCACAGAAUGCAUAUAGCAACGGUGGGCAGGAGGAAAUAGAAUUGACCAGCAUUGGCAGAUGUAUUGUCAACAAAUGCAGGGGGCUGCCUCUUGCUCUCAGGACAAUGGGCGGAUUGCUAGGUUCAUAUCAACAAGUACAAGAAUGGAAGGCCAUCGAAGAAAUUUUCCCCAAGGACUAUGAGAUGGACAAGGACAAGUUGAUCCAACUAUGGAUGGCAAAUGGUUUUAUUCAAGAGAAGGGAACAAUGGAUUUAACACGGAAAGGAGAAAUCAUCUUUGAUGAGUUGGUUUGGAGGUCCUUCCUCCAAGAUAAGCAGGAGUGCAAACACAGGUAUGAUGAAUGUGCAAGUAUUGAAGAACUGACUCAGCAGAAAGCAUUGUUAAAAGAUGUUUCUCACAUGCAAGUGACAGAGACUGAAUUGCAACUAAUUAGUGGGUUAUGCAAAGGCAGAACAUACCUCCGCACUUUGUUAUCUCCUUCAGAAUACUACAAGGAUUAUAAUAUUUCGUUACCGCCAGAUUCAAUAUGUGUAUUGUAUAACUUGCAAACCUUAAGGCUCAUGGACUACCGGGAGCUGCAACAGCUACCAGAACACAUGGCAAGAUUGAGAAAGCUCAUCUAUCUUUAUCUUUAUGGAUGUUAUAGUCUCAAAAGUAUGUCUCGGAACUUUGGUCUACUAAACAACCUCUACACAUUAACAACAUUUGUUGUGGAUACUGGAGAUGGCCUUGGAAUAGAGCAACUCAAAGACUUGCAACACCUUAGCAAUAGGUUGGAACUGUGGAACUUGAGCAAGAUAAAGAGUGGGGAGAAUGCAAAAGAAGCCAAUCUCAGUCAGAAGCAAAACCUAUGUGAGUUGUUGUUCUCUUGGGACCAGGAAAUAAAUGAUGGGCAUAAGGAUAUGGCUUGUAAGGUGGAAGAGGUGCUUCAGGGUUUAGAACCUCACAGUAAUAUCCAAAAGUUAGAGAUAAUUGGAUAUGGUGGCUUAGAAAUAUCACAGUGGAUGAGAAAGCCUCGAAUGUUUAACUGCUUGAGAGAACUCGAAAUGUCCGACUACCUAGAAUGCAAGAGUAUACCUGUAGUAUGGUUCUCGACCUCUCUAGAGAUAUUGUCCUUACAGAAGAUGGAUAACCUGACCACAUUAUGUAAUAACCUUGAUGUGGACGCUGGAGCAUGCAUUACCCCUCUACAAAGUUUCCCAAGGUUGAAGAGGAUGUACUUGAAUGAGCUACCAAGCCUGGAGAUAUGGGAAGAAAACAGUGUGGGAGAGCCUUUCAGUUUAGUUUUUAUGAGUAUCUGUUUGGGCACUUGGCCAUUUCUCGUCAGGUUAACUCUUUGGUCUUUGGAAGACAUAGCCAUGUUUCCUCUAGAUGCCCAGCAUCGCCAAAGUGAAAGUCCUCUUGAAAAACUCAAGUAUUUGGGUCUGCGUGACCCCUACAGCUUGGACAGAAGCUCCCGAUUGUCCAUACUGCACCUUAUGCCUUGGAAACGCUUUUCGUUCGUCGAAGAGCUGACAAUUGGUGAAUGGAACACUCUUGUCCGCUGGCCAACAGAGGAGCUCCGGUGCUUGGAUCGCCUCCGCGUUCUGUCGAUUGAUAAUUGUUACAACCUGGAGGGGAACACUUCACUAUCUGAGGAGGAGACCCUUCCGCUGUCCCUGGAGGAACUGACGAUUUUAUACUGCGAAAGCAUGGUUGCACUGCCUCCGAACCUUGGAAAUCUUGCCAAGCUGAGGAGGCUCGUUUUUACAUACUGCACUAACGAUGCAGAGAAGGUGGGGAGUAUUUCCACUUGCUCUCGUCUAUCCCACAUAGAUAUGGUGAACUUGAUUUUUGAUGACAGUGUCAUGGACAUUCAAGCUGUGAAGUGCCCAUCUGGAGAUGCCACGCACAUCCAACUGUGGUUCGCUGCAGAUUACCGACGCCAUAUUGCCAACGAUUUCAGGUCUGCAAAAGCUGAAAUUCGGAUAGGCCUUCAAGGGAGCAUGGCCGAGGCAGAGAGGCACACGCGCGACAUCCAUGAAUCACUAAUCCUCUUCUACAAAUAUGUAUAUUUCUUCCAAUAG